AUGCUUGUUGUCACAACUACGGGCUACAUAGUCGGUGUAUUUGGUCCAUUUUUUUCGGAUAAUAGCAACAACGACGCAUCAAUUUUAAAGCACAUAAUGAUCAAUAAUUAUGAUGAUAUAUUGAACUGGAUUCAAGAAAAUGAUAUUAUGAUCCUCGAUCGAGGUUUUCGUGAUUCAUUAGGUGUUUUAAAGUCUCUUGGUAUUGAUGUUGCUAUGCCAUCUUUCCUCGGUCCAAAACGAAAGCAAUUUGAUGUUCAAGAUGCCAACAAUUCUUGCUUCCUGACAAUGUUACGAUGGGUGGUAGAGAGCGUCAAUGCGCGCAUCAAGCGCUUCAAAUGGUUUGCUCAAGUUAUACCUAAUUCCUCGUUAUCAUAUAUCCAAGAUUUUAUCUAUACAUUAGCAGCAUUCCUCAAUUGCUUUCAUGUUCCGAUGACAAGCCCAUCUCCAGGUGAUGAUGAUAUUAUUCAUCGUAUGAACUUGCUGAGAGAAAAAAGCAACACUUUGCUAAUAUAUUUGAACGACAAUCAAUUAACCCUCAAUUCAAUUUGGAAUGUCACUAACAUUCAUCAUUUACCUCAAACCUUUCCUAAAUUAUCACAUAGUGAUAUUAGGGCUUUAACUCUAGGUAUUUCAUUGUGA